AUGAGCAAAGACGCGUGGUUUGAGACCCUUCUCUCAAGUCUCGCCGCGGACGACGUUCCGAGCGACAUUCCCGACACGCCGCCGGUCCCGCCAGCCGCCCCUUCGCAGGGCGAGGAGAAGCCGAAUGGGAUUGCUGUGCCCGAAGAGGCACUCGCUGCACCAGUGGUGGAGGGCGAGGCGGCGGGCGAGGCGGCGGAGGCCCUCGCGCACCUCAAGCUCUCGGAGCUGCGGCAGCGGCUCGCAGCGGCGGGGGUGGACGGGACGGCCGUCGACGAGGCGCUCGACGAGGCUGCUGAGACGGGCUCCAACCCGAAGCAGGCGCUCGUCGCUUUGCUGCAGAAGAGCGUCUGGCUCUCAAACUCAACUCUCCGGUUGAACGCGUUGGAAAACGCGGCGGGGUCCUUACUCAACUCUCCGGUUGCUCUCCGGUUGCUCGCGUUGCAAAACGCGGCGGGGUCCUCCCGGGCGCGGCCUUCGAUCGCCUUCCGGCCGCAGCGGCUUCGCGACCCGCAGGAUGCCAGGCGCGGCGGCCGCACGGUUAAGGCCGCGCUCUGCUGCUCUCUCCCAGCCGCGUGCACACUGGCGGCCGUCGGGAUGGCUCUUGGCGCGCUGCUGCUUCGAUACGCGGCGACCGGUGCAGUCAUCGAUCUCGGCGCCAUCGCGGGCAAUCCCAGUUGCGGCAAUUGCCACUCCAUCACGACCGCGACCGACAAUAUCAACCAGUGCAACACCGACGCGAGCCUGCUCAACAGCGCCAUCGCAGCGCAAGGCACCACUGUCGACUUCCGCUGCUUUACGAGCACGCGCUAUACGAGCGGCCGCGACUUCCUCAUGCCUGCCGCGGACAACACCAACUUCCUCAUGCCUGCCGCGUACAACACCAACGCCGCUUCUCGCUGCAACAGCGAGGUGAGCGCGCUCAACGCGGCGAUCAUGGCGGCAACUGGGGUCCGGACCACUUUUGGAUGCUACCGCAACGACUGGCUGACCAACGGGUACCUCCCUCGCCGGCGUGGAUUCGAAGAGCAGUACUGGGGGCACACGGCAUGCACGGCGGGUGGCACUCAGGAGAGCAACGCUGACAUCGUGGCCCUGAACCAGUACCUCAGCAAUCUGAACACGCCUCCUCCACCACCGCCACCACCGUCGGCUGCGCCGAACGUCGAGGAGGCGGGCGGGCGGCGGCGUGUCUGGCGAGGGAGCGGCGGCGGAGGCGGAGGCGAGGCGGCGCGGCACACGGCUGACAUCCACAAAAGAUUUUUUUAG